AUGCCAGUGAAAGAGAAACAUCCCAUUAUUGGCAAAGAUCAGCACAUAACCAAGCUCAUCCACGCUCAUGAAAGCCUAGCUCGGUCCGAACUCGACACGGAUCAGUUUCAGAGGGGUACUGUAAAUGGGGCAUAUGUAGGUCUAUUUACAAAUCAGGGUCAGACAAACAAACAGAUUAGCUUCAGUUGUGACUGCUUCACGCUUAUAUUAGCAAUUUCUAUCCAGGUCAUUGAUGGGGAGGUCAUCACCAACAUGAGGACUGCAGCUGUCUCAGCCAUAUCUGCUAAGCUGUUGAUGCCUCCCGGAGCAGAGGUCCUGACAAUCCUGGGGACGGGAAAACAGGCUCUGAGUCAUUAUAAAGUCUUUACUGAAAUCUUCUCUUUUAAAGAGGUUCGAGUUUGGAGCCGGACAAAAAAGGGCGUUGAGAGGUUUGUCUGCUCAGUCGGAGGUCCAGUAAAAGGAUGCAGCUCAGCAGAGGAGGCUGUUAGGGGAGCAGAUGUUAUAGUGACAGUAACUGGAUCAACUGAACCGGUGCUGUUUGGUCAGUGGGUCAAAGCAGGAGCUCAUGUGGCAGCUGUGGGAGCCUGCAGACCAGACUGGCGAGAGCUAGACGACGUGUUAAUGAAGGCUGCUGUGGUGUAUGUGGACAGCAGAGAGGGGGCAUUGUCAGAGUCUGGUGAUGUCCUUCUUUCUGGGGCAGAAGUUUUUGCAGAACUUGGAGAUGUUAUAAAUGGAACAAAAUCUGCUCAAAGGGAGAAGACAACUGUUUUCAAGUCCCUGGGAAUGGGAGUUGAAGAUGCAGUGUCUGCUAAGCUGGUGUUUGACCAAUGGAAGCUUAAAGCCACAAAGUGAUGAGUUUGUUUUUGUCACCAAAUUUUCAAUCUGAACUUUAUAGUGAUGAAAGAAGACGCAAACAGGAGUGUGCAAGCUUUAUUAGUUUCGCUCAAAAUGCAACCUGUGGGCCACUUAGGGUCCCUGAUCUCAGUUCUCCAGCAGUUAAAAUUUUGCCCACCAGGACAGAGAGUCAAGGAGAAUAGUUUUUGAAAUAUAUAUAUAAAAUGAUAUCUACAGUAUAUUAAGAAAACCUGAACUUUAGCACACUUUUAAUGGUUUCUUCAAAUAGCCAGUCUUCUAAAUUAUUAUUUAAUCAGAAUGUUAAAAACAAAGUGGAAUACAUUCUGAUGCACUUUGUAGCACUGUUUCUUUGCAGAAAGAAUGUCAUGUGUUUGAUUCCUAGCCUAGGGUCUCUGUGCUCAAAGAUUGCAUGCCCUUCCAGUGCAUGCAGGGGUUCUCUCUGGUACCUGGUUUCCUUUAAUGUCCAAAACCAUGACUGUUAGGUUAAUUGUCAUCUCUAAAUUGGACAUAGGUGUGAGUGCAUUGUUGUAUUUCUAUGUCUUGCUCUGUAAUACUUUUGCGGCCUGACCAGGGUGUAUUCUGCCUUUUGCUCGUAGACUGCUUUGGCUGACCAUGACCCCACGGAUAAGCCAAAGAAGAUGGAUAGGAGUCUAAAAUGAAUAUGCAUAUUCAAUACUGAAAUUAAGUUGUUACUAAUGUUGAAAUAAAUUACAAAUCAGCUGGCGUCUUUAAGUCCUAAAACCCACUGAUGUAUCUGCUUCACUUGUGAGUUUUUAUUUUUUUAGACGUACAAAUGGUCAAUGGCCUGUAUAGAGCACUUUACACUACAUUCAGUCAUUCACCCAUUCAUGCACAUACUCUCACACUGAUGGUGACAAGAUACAUUGUAGCCAUAGCUGCCUGGCCUUGUGCAAGUAACUGCCUUCAGCUAUCUACACUUACAGCCCUGGGAUAAAAAAUAACCUAUGAGUUAUUGCAACAUUUAUUUUCACUUUGUUAUUAAUAAAGUACUAGUAUAUUGAGUUUCAAAAGCUUUUAAUCAUUUGUCUAAAGGAUGAAUUUGUCUCUUGCAAUCAUAUUAUAUUGAUGUUAUAAUCUCCACCAUGUAUUUAAAAAAAAAACAACAAGGAUGUUUCUGCGUAUUUAUCACAAGUAAGAAUUAUUCAGCAUCCGAAAUAUGAUCACACUUCAAUGUAAAGUGUGUUGUGCCAUAUGCCAUGAUCAUACUUUUUGGACAUUGGGAACCAGUGUCCAUAUUUCAUCUUGACAGGAUGACCAGAGGAGGAAAAUGCAGCUUUGGUGAAUAACAGCUGGGGGACUUCUGCAGCCCCCCCCUUUUUUCAGCCACAGGCAAGUCACAUGGAAGUCACAGAGGUGUGAAAACCUACCCCCCUCUGUGAGGACAGAACA